AUGAAGGGAUUCUGUAAUUUUUAGAAAAUCCUACUUCAUUAUAGUAGAUUGAAUACACAAUGCACGAGAGUAUAGCUUAGAAUGUAAGAUUUUAAAUAAGUAUUGUAGAGCUAAUUAAUAAGUUAAUAAGUAAUUCAGAUGUUGCUCUAUGAUAAGUUCAUUACAAUAUUUUACUUUUAGUAAAACUAACCUACUUGGAUUUAUUGAUUUACUAGAUAGUAAUUAGUAUAAAAUAUUAAUAAUAGUUCAUAAGAUUUUAAUUCAAUUAGAAGUGGAGAAUUGGAGUAAAAAAAUGAUUCGUGUUUGA